AUGAUUACCACUGAGAAUUCAAGUACUGCAAAGCCAAAUGACGUGGGUCGGCAGUCAGCACCACCGAGGUAUAACAAUGAAGGACCUGAAGGGAUCAACUGCCAAAUAAAUUUCGAAUUACGCUUUUUCUUUGAAGGUUCCAUCAGUUGUGUUCUAGUCGCAGCUCUUAAAAUCAUUACCAAUCUCCUUCGCAAGGGGUCAACAAUAAAAGAGAAUAGGAUAAAUCAGGUUCAAAGCAAAAUCGGUGCGGUGAAUGAAGAUAUACAAAGAAUAAUGAAGUAUGUACGGAACACUGAGUAG